AUGGCGAUUGACUUUCCAAAGGAAGAAGAGGCCUUCCUCAAGCGAUGGAAGGAAAUUGGUGCUUUUGAGAGACAGGUCGAACUGUCUCGAGGAAGAACCCCGUAUACGUUCUAUGAUGGACCGCCCUUUGCGACAGGACUUCCACAUUACGGCCACCUGUUGGCAUCAACUAUAAAAGACAUCAUUCCAAGAUAUUGGUCUAUGAAGGGACGUUAUGUCGAACGACGAUUUGGUUGGGAUACUCAUGGAGUUCCAAUCGAGUACGAAAUCGACAAAACCCUGGGCAUGUCUGGAUCCGAAGCGGUUGAAAAACUAGGUUUGGGAAAAUACAAUGCAGAGUGCAGGGCGGUUGUCAUGAGGUUUGCUGCAGAAUGGAGGCAGACUAUUGAUAGGCUUGGUCGCUGGAUCGAUUUUGACAAUGAUUACAAGCAGACUAUGGAUACUUCAUAUAUGGAGAGCCUUUGGUGGAUAGUGAAGCAGUUAUUCGACAAAGGGGUGAUCUAUCGUGGUUACAGAGUCAUGCCUUACUCUACAGCUCUUAACACCCCAUUGAGUAACUUUGAGGCACAACAAAAUUAUAAAGAUGUACAGGAUCCUGCAGUAGUCGUCUCAUUCCCGCUCCUCGACGAUCCGCAAACAAAGCUUCUCGCCUGGACAACUACGCCGUGGACUUUGCCAUCGCAUACAUCGCUUGCAGCACAUCCCGAUUUUGAAUACGUUAAGAUCCAUGAUGUUUUGUCCGGAAGUAAUUAUAUACUCAUCGAGGCCUUGCUCAAGACUCUAUAUAAGGACCCCAAAAAGGCGAAAUACCAAGUUCUCGAGCGCUUCAAGGGAUCAACUAUGAAAGGAUGGAGAUACCAACCUCUUUUUGAUUAUUUCUAUGAAGAGUUCAAGGACGUAGGGUUUCAGGUUCUCAACGCGACGUAUGUCACUGCAGAUGAUGGUGUUGGUUUAGUUCAUCAAGCUCCAGCGUUCGGCGAAGAAGAUUACAACGUGGCUGUUGAGAAUGGCAUCAUUACUGAUACGCGGUUACCGCCAAACCCGGUCGACGAGAGAGGCUUUUUUACCUCAGAGGUUCGAGAUUUUGCUGGUCAACAUGUCAAAGCAGCAGAUAAAGCGAUUGUAAAACACCUGAAAGCAGCUGGGCGCCUUGUCGUGGAUGCCCAGAUCACGCAUAGCUAUCCAUUCUGCUGGAGAUCUGACACUCCUUUGAUCUAUAGAGCUGUGCCUUCGUGGUUCGUCAAAAUAGGUCCCAUUAUUCCCCAAAUGCUUCAAGGGAUAGAGGAGUCUUAUUGGGUCCCUUCCUUUGUCAAAGACAAACGAUUCGCAAGUUGGAUUGCGAAUGCAAGGGAUUGGAACAUUUCGAGAAAUCGAUACUGGGGAACUCCGAUCCCAUUGUGGGCCAGUGAGGAUUACAAAGAAAUUAUAGCUAUUGGCAGCGUUGAGGAGCUCAGACAGCUCAGUGGAUAUACUGGUGAACUCACGGACCUCCAUCGCGAUAAGAUUGACCACAUCACUAUCCCAAGCAAGCAAGGGAAGGGUGUAUUACGAAGGGUCGAGGAAGUUCUUGAUUGUUGGUUUGAAUCCGGAAGUAUGCCCUAUGCUUCCCAGCAUUAUCCCUUUGAGAACAAAGAACAUUUUGAGAAGUCGUUCCCGGGUGAUUUCAUCGCAGAAGGCCUUGACCAGACCCGAGGUUGGUUUUAUACACUCGCUGUCAUUAGCACGCACCUGUACGGAAAGCUGCCAUUCAAGAACUGUGUUGUGAAUGGAAUUGUACUCGCUGAAGACGGCAAGAAAAUGUCAAAGCGAUUGAAAAAUUACCCAGACCCAACUCUCAUUAUGGAUCGCUAUGGGUCUGACCCGCUUCGGCUUUACCUCAUUAACUCUCCAGUCGUUCGCGCAGAGCCCUUAAGAUUCAAGGAAUCAGGCGUGAAAGAAAUUGUCGCCAAAGUUCUGCUCCCCUUGUGGAAUAGUUACAAAUUCUUCGAAGCUCAGGUUGCGCUGCUGAAAAAGAUCGAGGACGUGGAGUAUGUGUUCGAUCCAGCGGCGGAAGCAACCAACACGAAUGUCAUGGAUCGCUGGAUUCUGGCAAGCUGUCAGAGUCUACUCAAAUUUGUCAAUCAAGAAAUGGCUGGGUACCGGCUUUAUACUGUUGUUCCGAGACUACUAGGAUUGAUCGAUAACACCACCAACUGGUACAUUCGGUUCAACCGUAGGAGGCUGAAGGGGGAGCUUGGGUUGGACGACACUUUACACGCGUUAAAUACCCUUUUCGAGGUCCUUUAUACCCUAGUCCGCGGCCUCGCACCUUUCACUCCUUUCAUCACCGAUAAUAUAUACCUUCGACUCCUUCCUCAUAUACCAAAAUCCCUUCAAGCCGAGGAUAGCCGCAGCGUCCAUUUCCUCGCUUUCCCUGAGGUUCGUGAAGAACUUUUUGAUGAUGUCAUUGAGAGACAGGUCGGUCGGAUGCAGAAGGUGAUUGAGCUUGGUCGCAUUGCACGUGAACGCAGAAGCAUUGGCCUCAAGUCACCCCUGAAGACGCUCGUUGUGAUCCACCAGGAAAAACAAUAUCUCGAUGAUGUGAGAUCCCUAGAGAGCUACAUUCUGGAAGAGCUUAAUAUCCGGGAUCUGGUUCUCUCAUCCGAUGAGGAUAAGUACAAUGUCCAGUACAGUGUCACAGCAGAUUGGCCCACUCUAGGCAAGAAAUUGAAGAAAGAUGCUCAAAGGGUUAAGAAAGCGCUACCAUCGCUCUCAAGUAACGAUGUUAAGCGAUUCGUCACUGACAAGAAGAUGGUGGUUGAUGGCAUUGAGCUUGUCGACGGGGAUCUGGUAAUCAGGCGCGGCUUGAAAGACGACGCAUCUUCCAAGGACUUUGAAACGAAUACAGAUGAUGAUGUACUUAUCAUCCUGGACGCAGUUUUAUACCCUGAGUUAGCUGAGGAAGGGCUAGCAAGGGAAAUCGUGAACCGAGUCCAGCGGCUGCGAAAAAAGGCGGGGUUGGUUCCAACUGACGACGUGGGGAUGGAGUAUCGGGUUCUCUCUGACCCUGACAAUGUCGGCAUCGAGCGCGUUUUCCAGACGCAGUCGAAGGCGAUUGAAAAAGCGCUGCGUAGACCGAUCGACCAACAUAUAGUCACAGAGGUCGAAGGGAGGGCACCCGAAGGCGAGGAAGAGGGGAUCAUUUUAGAAGAAGAGCAGGAGGUACAAAAAGCGACCUUCUUGCUUCGGCUGGUGAAGUUGUAG